GUCCCACCACCGGCUUCAUCAUAGAUUCAUACACACCAACACGUCUUUUCCAUUGAACCCCUUCUUCUCCAUCGAAUCACAUCACCGACUUCCGGUCAACAUUUUCAAUUUUCGGAGAGGAAAAUCGGUGGUCAACUGUAAAUAAUCACCAGCCGACGCCGUCGUGGUGGUGAUCUGCGUCGUCUGGUUUCGUUGAUUCAUGGUUAUUUAACCAAUUGGCCAUCGGUUAAGAACAAAAUGGGAAUCGAUUACUACAACAUCCUCAAAGUGAACAGAAAUGCUAGUGAUGAAGACCUAAAAAAAGCCUACCGUCGUCUCGCCAUGAUUUGGCACCCGGAUAGAAACCCUAGCAGUAACAAAGGAGAAGCGGAAGCCAAAUUCAAGCAGAUUUCUGAAGCGUAUGAUGUGUUAAGCGACCCCAAGAAGCGUCAGAUCUACGAUCUUUAUGGGGAAGAAGCUUUGAAGUCCGGCCAAGUCCCUCCGCCCCAUCCUUUUUCCUCCAAUCGAGGUUACACCGCUCAUCACUAUCAUACCAAUAAUCACCAGCAUCCUGAUCCUUCGUUUCGGUUUAACCCUAGGGAUGCUGAGGAUAUUUAUGCGGAAUUGUUUGGAGGAUCUGAUGCCGCGGGCGGUGGCGCUGCUGGGCGGAGUGCGGGGAGGGCGUUCAAAGACGGGGUUUUUAGGGCUCCAAACGGUGGGGAGAGUUCAUCGGCCAGGAAGGCUCCUGCUGUGGAGAAUUUGUUGCCUUGUAGCUUGGAGGAUCUUUAUAAAGGUGCUAAGAAGAAGAUGAAGAUCUCUAGGACUGUAGCCAAUUCUGCAGGUAAGAUUCGAACAGUUGAGGAGAUCUUAACCAUUGAAAUAAAACCGGGUUGGAAAAAGGGCACAAAGAUUACAUUUCCUGAAAAGGGAAACCAAGAGCCAGGUGUGAUAGCAGCGGAUCUGAUAUUUGUAAUCGAUGAAAAACCUCAUCAAGUUUUCACAAGAGAUGGUAACGACUUAAUCAUCAAUCAAGAAAUCCCGCUUCUAGAAGCCCUCACAGGAAAAACCCUUGAAAUCACAACACCCGAUGCCAGAAUCCUACGAAUUCCCGUAACCGAGAUUGUGAAACCGGGAUACGAAUUAACUGUCCCCAACGAAGGAAUGCCGGUUUCAAAGGAACCAAGAAAAAAAGGAAAUCUCACAAUUAAAUUUGAUGUCAGGUACCCAACAAGGCUUACAAAUGAACAGAAAUUGGAUUUAAAAAGAGUCUUGGGUGGACCCCUCUAAUCUUCUUCAACAACAACAAGAUGUCAAAGAUAUACACCUAGAUUUUCUGGUUUCAAAGUACAUAUACUUGUUGCAUCUAUGCAAUUGUUUUUGCUUGAUUUCGUUUCAUAUGAUAAUUCAUAGAUUCAUGGAUAGAUAGUUUAUUGUUGGUAAUUG